AUGCCAGCUAGCAGCAUUAACUUGUACCAUAUGCAAGACGCCAAGAAUAAUUUCAACACAAUGCAACUAGCUCCAGUUUGCGCUGACGCUGAUGUGUUAAUGGGCCAAUGCCAGAAUUAUCACGUAUCAACUAAUUGUUAUUACGGUUUUCAUGGUCAGAAAAGCGUUGAAAAUAUGCAAGAAAAUUAUGAUUGCGAAAUGACUGAAGUGGAUUCUAAAGCUACGAAUGCCACAACAGCUUCACGGCAAAACAACUCGAGAAAAAGAAGUGCAGAGGAUUCCGAAUAUCCGCAAACUAAACGCCUGCGUGAAGAUGUUUCUUCCAUAUGCAGCCUUGUUGGCACACGGUCAAGCCCGAACCACUCAGCUUCGGCCUUUAAUAUAAACAUAUCAACAAUUUAUGUACAGUACUUGAUAUGCGGCAGGCUUAGAACAUUUUGUGUACAACUAUAUGCAAAAUCCAUAUAA